UCUGAAGGUUCCACUGUUCUAGAUGCCCUGACGCCAGCAUCCAGCCCGUCCUCCGUUGUUUACGGGGUGGCAGCGGGACAAGAGGAUUUCUCAUCGUCCUCCUCAUCGCUCAAUCUGGAGUGUCGGGUCUGUGCUGACCGAGCCUCGGGCUAUCACUACGGAGUCCACGCCUGCGAGGGCUGCAAGGUGAGGCGGAAUUACACACAUGAAUCACACAGCCAAACAAAGGAUUCUGUGUUUGUAUUUGACGUUAGACAUUGAUGAAAACCAGCCAAAUGUUGGGUUUAGGGACUAUUGGACUUAGUGUGGUUCAAAAUUAUUAUUGUGAAGAUUGAAUCUUUGGGUCAGUCAUCGUACAUGCAUCUGCCUUAACCUGUGCCUUUUAUCUCCUACUGUGUAUUACUUACAUUACAUGUUACUUGUUAGACGCUUUUAUUCAAUACUGUGGACAAUCCCCACAGGAGCAAUUUGGGGUGAAGUGUCUUGCCCAGGGACACAAUGACAUGCUGACUGCAGUGGGGUUUGAACGUGUGCUCCCCUGAUCCGAACACCAACGCACGAUUCCACUGCGCCACACGCCUCCCUUACUAAUACUUUCCCUCCUUUGGUCAAUAUUUCUGUCAAUAUCCAUCAAUCGCUUCCUCCUAAAGUCACCCAAACUCAAGCACAGACAAUUUCAAGACACUGAAGAGAGUAGGACAUGUCAGACCAGAAAUCCAGAGGCACUGUGUCUUGUGACUGAUGAUAACCCCUAAAGAACCACCAGGCUUGACCUUUACACGAGGUCGCUCAAUAAUCUUUCAGUUAAUUGUUUACUAGCCAUGUUGAAGAACAACCCAAGGUUGUUUUUUAAGAGGCAGCGAAGGACAAAUAUAGUCUAACUUGAGGUGUGUGUGCAUGUAAACAGCUGUAAAACAAUAGGUUAUCACAAAAGUCAAGGUAAAGUUGUUCAGCUGAUUCUACUUUAAGGAAGGAGUCAUUUAAAGUGACCUAUGUAGUACCAAAUGGUUAUUGUAACGCAGCUUCUGCAGAGAUCUGCAUAUCUGUAUGCAGCCUUAUCACAUUUAAAAGGCUACUACAGAAUUGCACCACUCUUCCUUUUGUUAUUGUUUUUAAGCCUCUAUGCCAAUGUUGACAGAGAUGUUAGAGAAAUGGCAGGUGAUGGAGGGAGAGAGGAAAGAACAUGCGAUAUAGAGUUGUCUGUAGUAGGGAAAAUGUAAUCACAGCUAAUGGUAUUUACUCUAUGAUUCAGGCCACUGUGAUGUCCCAAAGCAACCUUUUGUAUGCCAGGAUUGUGUCCUCUCAAGCCCUCAGUAUCCCGUAAUUACAUUACAUGUCACUUGUUAGACACUUUUAUCCAAAGCGACUUACAUACUCAAUGCUGUGGGUAAUCCCCACAGGAGCAAUUUGGGGUCAAGUGUCUUGCCCAGGGACACAACGACAUGCUGACUGCAGCGGGGUUUGAACCUGUGACCUGCUAAUCUGAACAACGCACAACCCACUACACCACACGCCCCUAAUAUGCUGCUGGGCCUUGAAUUCUAGUUUUCGGCUGGUUGUUUACAACUCCUGAAGUUGAAAACAUAUCUGAUGACCUUGACACCAUGACAACACCUGCAUUUACUAAGGGGUUUUGAUUUGUGUGAGAAAAUUACAGAUUAUUGGCACAAACUGAUCCUUUUGAUGAACUCUGAUAACUUGGUUAUAUUUUUUUACUAUAUCAAAACAAAAGCAACAUCAUAGGUAUAGAGAAAAAACAUCAACAUGUUUGUUGUAAAUGAAACAUGAGUUACUAUAAAAAACAGCUAACCUGCUUCUUUUAACAUCUUACAUUAUUACUCUUAUUAGGUCUGAUGCAGACCCAACCAACUUCAAAACACUUCAAACAAUGUGACAGGUGUUGGAACCGUAAUAGGAGGAGGCUGACCUCUGUGUUGUUAAUACACCGAUCCUUCAUGACAGAGGACACAAGCCGUGUCGGCAGGACACCCAUUUGGCCUGAUCUUCAUGUCACUCUUGUUUUAUGAGUGUAUAUGUGUCUGUGCACGUGAGGUUGGAGGUCAGUGGGUGAGAUUCACUCAGAGUUGCUUAAUAUGUGAUCACAGGGUUUAAGCGAGCCCCACCAACAGCGCUGUGUCCCAUUACCACAUGGGUAAUCUUGAUGUUUUAUGAGCAUUUUUCUUCAUACUGUGUGAGUGUGUGGGUAUUUAGCACCCUGGGUGAUACUUUGGAUACAAUUGCAAAUGAGUAUGAAUAAAUAUGUUAUUAAGCAAUUCCUCAGACCAUUUUCUACCCUCUAGCCAACUGCACACAUGCCACUACAGUAAGUCCAUCUGUUCCUCACCAACGUUUAAUAUUUCUUUUUUUCAAGGUUGUGUAAGUGUGGCCAAACUGAUGGUGAAACUCUGUGUCUGAUAUUGUCAUAUUGAUACGGAAAUAAGAAAACUCCUUUGAACUGGUUUCAAAACAGCAGCGGUUAUUAAAAGGCAAUUUACUUGUCCGUGUUAUAUUUAAGGUUGUAUUAGCUUUCUUUUCAAACAAUUUGUCACUUAUUGUCUGACUAAUCUGGUCUGUGGUGUUCAUGUCUCAUUUGGGCAUAUGGAAAUGAUUGUAUCGAAUUACAUUUUUGCUCCAUGUGUCCAAUUUAAAAAAAAAAAAAAAAAAAAAAGGUUUUCCCCUCAUUCCUUCAGGGUUUUUUUCGGCGGACCAUCCGUCUGAAGCUGGAGUAUGACAAGUGUGAGCGCCGCUGCAAAAUCCAAAAGAAGAACCGCAACAAGUGCCAAUACUGCCGCUUCCAGAAGUGCCUGUCGGUGGGCAUGUCCCACAACGCCAUCCGUUUCGGUCGGAUGCCGCAGUCAGAGAAGCUCAAGCUGAAAGCGGAGAUGGUGACGGGGGACCGGGAGGUGCAGGACCCUCAGGUAGCCGACCAGAAGACCCUGGCCCGGCAGAUCUACGAGGCCUACCUCAAGAACUUCAACAUGAACAAGGCCAAGGCUCGAACAAUUCUCACGGGCAAGACCAGCACCCCUCCUUUUGUCAUCCAUGACAUGGAGACCCUGCAGUUGGCAGAGCAGACGCUGGUGGCAAAGAUGGUGGGCUCAGCGGGACCCCUGAAGGACAGGGAGGCAGAAGUUCGGAUUUUCCACUGCUGCCAGUGCACCUCGGUAGAAACCGUCACCGAGCUCACAGAGUUUGCAAAGUCCGUCCCCGGGUUCUCGAGCCUGGACCUCAACGAUCAGGUGACUCUUUUGAAAUAUGGAGUGUACGAGGCCCUCUUCGCCAUGCUCGCCUCCAGCAUGAACAAGGAUGGGCUCCUGGUGGCGUACGGCUCAGGCUUCAUCACCCGGGAAUUCCUCAAGAGCUUGCGGCGGCCCUUCAGUGACAUGAUGGAGCCAAAGUUCCAGUUUGCAAUGAAGUUUAACGCCAUGGAGCUGGACGACAGUGACCUGGCUCUGUUUGUGGCUGCCAUCAUCUGCUGUGGAGACCGCCCAGGCCUGGUGAACGUGACGCACAUCGAGCGGAUGCAGGAGAGCAUUGUGCAGGUGCUUCAGCUCCAUCUGCUGGCCAAUCACCCCGACGAUACUUUCCUCUUCCCCAAGAUGCUGCAGAAACUGGCCGACCUCCGGCAGCUGGUCACUGAGCACGCUCAGCUGGUACAAGAGAUUAAAAAGACAGAGGACACGUCCCUGCACCCGCUCCUGCAGGAGAUCUACAGAGACAUGUACUGAGGGGUUGUGGAGGAAGAAUAACCAGGAGAGGCACUCUACAAAUCAUCUCCUUUUUUUCAGGGACAGAAGAAGAAGAGUCCUCCAUAAGCCAGGUUGAACCACUUAAACCCCCAUAAUGCAGCAGGAGUAACCUUUGGAUUCAAGACGCUGAUUACAUUACAUGUUACUUGUUAGAGGCUUUUAUCCAAAGUGACUUACCUACUCAAUACUGUGGGCAAUCCCCGCAGGAGCCAUUUGGGGUGAAAUGUCUUGCCCAGGGACACAACGACAUGCUGACUGCAGUGGGGUUUGAACCUGUGCUCCGAACACCAACGCACUGCGCCACACGCCUCCCACUGAUGAUUCUCUUUGUUUGACAAAGUGCUCCUCGCUCCAUUGUGUGGCGCUUCAUUAGCAGAGAAGAUGUGAUGUACAGCUGAUUGAGCCCCUAUCUAGAAACCAGUGUAUGCCAUCUCUGACCAAACCCUCAAUGCUGAUUUGAAGUAUUUGAGGUGAUCUCCUUGGUUAUCCCAAUCCUAAACCCUUAACAAAGCCCUAUAAUGAGGAAAGAAAGUGAACUUGAUAGUCACCACUCCAGCAGUAUGCUUGAAAUCAGAUUUGUAUACUGAUGUCAAAGAGCCAUAUACCUUCACAGCUAACAACACCCAAAUGACCUUAUUGGGCAGCAACACUAAGGCAGUAUCAACACAGUGUUCAAGCAAGGCAGCUUCUGCCAAAUCGGAUGUCAAUAAAGGUUGGUGAUGGUUAUCCAUGCACCUGCCCCCCACCAUUACUCUUCACCUGUUUUAUACCCAGAUACACACAUGUGAUGCUCCUGAAAAUAAGCAUGUAUUUGUACUGUAAGCCAUACUGUGUUUGUAAUGAUACUGGAAAUGUUUUGGAAAUGCAUAUUCUUUUCACUUCCUCACAAGACUUGGUUUGGAACUUCAUGACAUAUUACUCAAAAUCCAGGCAAACUUAUUUUUACACUUCAGAUUAAGACAGCUAGUUAUUUUUAAGAAAUGUUGAAGUGUCUUCGAUAAUUCAACAUGGCACUAUUUUAUACCAGACCUCUGAUAAAUGCCUUUCUUACAAAACACAUGCACAGACAUUUGGCAUUGUUUUGUCUCCUGGUAUUCAAGGGCUAACACCACGAUAAACUGGGUUACAAUCUUAGAACUGGCCAAAGAAACCACCUAAAAACAGAUUUCAUAUAAAUGUAUUCAUCUGAUUUUUUAUUUCUGAAGCAGUAAAGCCCCGUCCAUCAUUAAUAAUCGUAUUGUUUUGUUUCUCUACUUCUCAUUGUAGUCUUUCUGCCUUUCACUGGCUGUGUUUGGUCCUCAUAACAUGCAGUUGGUUAGGAUGCACAUGUUCUAUAUUAUUGCAAAGAAAAAGCACUAUACCUUUUUAAUUGAAAGGUUUUGUUUAGCUCAUGCAGUUUCUCUGGCAAACUGUAGGCAAGACAAACACAGGCAUGUUGCCAUCUGCACUUAUUCAAUUAUGUAAGUAAGAUAAAUGGCUUGAAGAUUAGACUUUCUUUUAGCAACACAGGUGAUUGGUGAAGGAUGAAGACCAAAUACAUUUCCAGAAGAUGUUUUUUCUCUGGCGAUGGCGAUAACGGUGCAUGUGAAGAGGCCAAUCCUUUAUGUUGUUGAAAUAUUGCCUUCGCUACAUGCUACAUAAAGACCUACAGUAAUAUAUAAAUGUAAAUCUUAUCUAAACAAAAUCUACUAAAAUCAUGAAAUUAUUGAAAUUCAAUCACCAGAAAUGGACCGUGUGCUUAUAAUUACAUCACAUUGUAUAAACAGAGUGUAUUGUACAUAGCCGAAAUGUUGUGCUCUCCCUGACUCAUACAAGGUACUAAUGAUGAUCAACUUUUGUAUUCCUCCGUUUGGUAAAUACUUUUAAAUGUUUGAAAUUUUACAGUUAAUGUAGUUAUGUACUGUAUGUUUUUUUUGCUUAAAUGCCACAUACUUGUGUUUUAAUUGAAUUGGAUCAUAUUUUUAUACUAAAGUAUAUAUGUAUGACUAAAUCAGAUAAUUAUGUAUUUGACGAUUGACGAGUGCAGUGUAGAUAGACUUAAAGGUAACAGGGCAACUGGUAAUCUGAGUAUACAUAGAUCUGAAUCCCGUUGGGGACAUUCCUUUUGUUAAUUGCUAUUUUUAGAUAUAGAAAACCAUCAAAGCUGCAGUAUGCAUUCAGUUCAUUUCAACUGUAUUUCAUUUAUUUGUUGAAUUAAGCUCUUAUGAUUUGAAGUGAAAGCAUACGUGGGCUGUGCAGGGCUGUAAUAGCUCACAGCAGUGGAUUCAAACUUGACCUCCAUGACCUUUUAUCAUUUGAAAAAUCAAACUACAGCCCAGCACUGAUCAGACAGUAUUGGUCUCCUCUUUUUAUACUGUGUUCUCAGGUUGCAAACUCUCAUGUGUAAUAUAUAUUCACAGAAAGUUAUCAUCAGAAAUCCUCCAUAGUUGCCUCCUGUUGUUGAACAAACCAUCUAUUUGUUUUAACACAUCACAUCUCUGUGGAUAGAGAAUGCAGUCAUAGUUUGCAACACAUCACUGUUUAAUAAUCCUGUUUUUGUCCCACUUUUUGUCUGACUUUCCUCUCCUCCCUCGCUGCUAUAUUCUAUUAACUCACCAAACAUUUCUAAUGCCAUGAGUAGAUUACUGACUUUUAAACUGCCUCUACUUACUUCGUAUACCUUCUCACAGAAUGUCAGUCCCAUAUGCAGAAUUUAUUCAAUGCAGCUCGGUUUUUUUCCCUCGCAAGAUUUUCGGGAAUUGUAGUUCCCAGUAACACAUUGGGAUAAACCACAAACACUCUGUGCCUUAGCGUGUGCCAAUGCCAUGAAACACUAGAGAUUCAGAUAACACACACACUUUUACAGUGUUUAUGUCAUCAGCUACAUGUAGAAUGAAUGCUUGGAACACAAUAGAGCCACGCAGACAGGAAAUUGUCACAGGAGAUUAAGGAAAAUAUCCUACACAACUUCAUUACAGUACAAAAAAAGGAGAAAAGCAAAAUGGUUGAAACGCUAGAGCCCUAGAGGAAAAGUCGUGUAAAUAUUGAUGUCUGCUUUCCCUUAGGAAUGUUUAUUUUGUGUUGAAUUGACAAGGGACUUUUUUACUUGUAUCAGGGAAACAGUCUUCCUUUGUUGAACUAGCACAGGACAUAGAAAGAAACUGUUCUUCCUUCUCUAUCUUUCUGAAAGGAGAUCUUAGUGCUCCGCCUUACAGCACACAAACAAAAAACCCCAACAAAUAUUGAUUGAUAAUGAAAUGACCGUUAAUUUUACUUUCAAAACCUGACAGAACAAUUUACCAGAGGGCAGCAGUCAUAGGAAUUAGGUUUUUGAUUUUUUUUCCCUUCCUGGAUUUAAUGGAGUUUGUUUUUGUGGCUAUAGUGUCAUGCAAAGAGACAACAGAGAGUGUCUUUGGAUGUGUUGUUAAUGUGUAAUGUGGCUUGGUAAAAAUGCUGUAAAUGUUUGAUGAAUGUAUAUCUAGUCAUUUAAAUAAUGGAACAAGUUGACAUUGAAUGGAUUUUAAAAUAAAAUUAUUUUUAAAUCCAC